AAGGACCUCUGUUCCAGAGGAGUUCUGAGGCAGCUUCAAUGGAAGGAGGGAGCCACAAAGGAGGAUUGGCAUAAAUCCAAAGAUGAUCAUUACAACAUGGAUAGUGUACAUCCUUGCCCGGAAACAUACUGGGUUCCCCUUCCCACCGAAAGUCAGUUCAGAUGUGGAAGUUGUGGAGAGUGAGGCUGUGUCUGUAGUACAGCACUGGUUGAAAAAGACUGAAGAAGAGGCUUCCCAGGACAUAAAGGAGAAGAUGUCUGCCAGCUGUCCUCCCACACAUGGCCAAGAUGUACAUGUGACCAGAGAUGUGGUGAAGCACCGCCUCUCAAAGUCUGGUUUGUUAACAAACCAGAGUCAAGAGGUCCUGGAAGAAAGAACAAGAAUCCAGUUCAUAAGAUGGAGCCACACCCGUAUCUUCCAAGUGCCGAGCGAGGUGAGAAAUGAAGUCAUGCGAGAUAGGAUAGAGCAAGUGAGACGAAGCAUGUGCCAUCUUACAGAUGAGUCAUCUCAGGAGCUUCGUGACAGAAAUUCCUGCAAAGACUGCUGAGAGCAGCAGGGUCAAGGAGCAACCUGUGUCAGAGGAUGUCCAUUUCCCCCCUUGACCUGAGGAGUGACCACACCUGAGCAGAGAGAAUCCAGCAGGUGAACCCUUCCUUGUGACAGUGGCAGCACUGGAAUCUUCUUGCUGAAUUGCUGAUAAAGAGACGCACUAUUUAACCACCA